UUUCCUUUCCUCGCCCCCGACAAGGUCCUAAUAUCUAUCUCCGGAAAAAAAAUCGGCAAUUCAUGGUCUUCUCCGAUUUCCACUCUCCGAGAAACGCAAAAUCCCAUCGAAACGGAAUUGGUCUAGAUGAUUGUUGAUGGGGACGGAAAGGAUUCACGUGGGAUAAAUCACCAAAUGCAUGAUGAGAAAACGAGAAAAACCACGUGUGAUGGGAUUGAGAGCCAGACAUGGAGACAUCAUGAAGAAGACAGAGCCAAUGGAACCAAAGAGGAUGUAAGGGAUGUGAGUGGAGGAGGAGGGUCUGUAGGUGGUGGUGGCUCAGCUUCUCUGCAGAACCCUCAGUCUCAGCAGCAGUCAGCUGCAACUGUUUGUUGGGAAAGGUUUCUUCAUGUGAGAUCCAUUAGGGUUCUGCUUGUGGAAAACGAUGACUCUACCCGUCAUGUGGUCACUGCCCUGCUCCGGAAUUGUAGCUAUGAAGUUGUUGAGGCAGCAAAUGGUAUACAAGCUUGGAAGAUAUUAGAAAAUCUGAAUAAUCAUAUCGAUAUCGUGUUAACUGAGGUAGUCAUGCCUUAUUUAUCUGGUAUUGGUCUCUUGUCCAAGAUUCUGAGCCACAAAACACGUCGGAACAUCCCUGUUAUCAUGAUGUCAUCUCAUGACUCGAUGGGAUUGGUCUUUAAAUGCUUAUCGAAAGGUGCUGUUGACUUUCUGGUCAAACCCAUAAGAAAAAACGAGCUUAAGAACCUUUGGCAACAUGUUUGGAGAAGAUGUCAUAGUUCUAGCGGGAGCGGAAGUGAAAGCGGAACACAAACUCAAAAGUCGGUGAAAUCAAAGAGCGUUGAAAAAUCUGAUAAGGAUUCAGGGAGCAACUAUGAGAACGAAAAUGGGAGCAUUGGCUUGCAACAUGUCGGCGAUGGAAGCAGUGAUGGGAGUGGCACUCAGAGCUCUUGGACAAAACAGGCAGUAGAAGUCGACAGCCCGAGGCCGGUAUCUCCAUGGAAUAGAGUUGACAGCACAUGUGCCCAAGUGAUACAUUCCAAUGCUGAAGCUCCCAUUAGUCACUUGGUUGCAGAGAAGGAGCAUCAAGAACAGGAUGAGAAAUUAGAGGAUGGCACCAUGUGUCGAGACUUGGAAAUAAGUGUUCGUAGGAACAUUGAUCAGCAACUUGAGCCAAAAGAUGAAGACCCAACCAGAAACACAAGACAUGAUAAUCAAGUUGAAAGGAGCCCUUGUAGUAAACCGAUGCAUGAAGAUGGAAGAUCGGAUUUCGUCAAUAAAGCUAGCCACCUUCAAGAUAACAGAGACCCCAAGGCACCGAGCAAAGUGUCUAAAGACACGAGGGAGGCUUCUAUGAAAAAGUCUGAAGAAUUAAUAUACACGGAACACGGUCCAAAGAGGCAUAGAGGAGUUAAAGAUGAUGGGACAAUGGUAAAGGAUGACCGGAAUGUUCUGAGGCGUUCCGAAAGUUCAGCCUUCUCGAGGUAUAAUCCGGCCUCGAAUGUCAAUAAACCGUCGAGUGGCAAUGUCGGAAGCAACUCUCUUCAUGACAACAGCCAAGACGUUAUGAAAAAGGCUUCAGCUUGCGAUUGCAAUUCAAACAUGAACGAUGGACCCUCGAAUCAUUACACACAUGUCCGGGGCAGUAACAUCGAUAUGAGCUCCACGACCGAGAAUGCCUUCACAAAGCCGGGAGGAGUUCCAAAGAUAAACUCGGCAGUAUCUUCAUCGUUUCAGACAUGUGAUCAGACCCAUCUUGUCCGAAUCGGUCAACAGAAGCUACCCCACUGCGGAUCAUCAAAUGUAUACAACGAGGGGGUUGAAGGUAAUGCCGUGAAUUAUAGCGUGAAUGGAAGUGUGUCGGGCAGUAACCACGGAAGCAACUGUCCGAACGGAAGCAGCACUGCCGUGAAUGUCGGAGGAGUGAAUGUGGAAAGCUAUAACAAUGGUGGGAAGAGCUGAAGUGGUGAUGGAAGUGGGAGCGGGAGCGGGAACAGGACAGAUGAAAACAUGAUUUCUCAAAGAGAAGCUGCUCUGACCAAAUUCCGACAGAAGAGAAAAGAGAGAUGCUUCAGGAAAAAGGUACGAUACCAAAGCAGGAAAAGACUAGCGGAACAACGCCCUCGAGUCCGCGGACAGUUUGUUCGGAAAUCCGCAGGAGACGAGGAUGAGAACACAAGCAAAGCGGAAGACAGCUAACACUUUGAGGAAUAGCUCUUUUUUUUUUGGAAGCCACCUUGUUCAUGUUCUCUGUAUAACAUCAUCCAAUCACCUGUUUGUGGAAUUGAUUUUUUUUUUUUUUUUGAUACCAUUGGUGACAGACACCAUACUUGCCGCUGUCUUUCUAAUCUUGUGGUUUUAGGACAAGGACCUUUAAUGACUUUGUCGAGAAUGUGGGCUUGUGAUCAGAUA